CUAGGGGGACGGUUUUGGAAGAAGCACUGCUUGGUUUGACAUACAUGUAAAUAAUGUCGUUUUCGCUUUUAAGAUUAUAGGUUUACAUAUACCUAACUGGGUUUUUAGUGCAUUCGUCUCGCUCAGGUAUCUUUAGCAGAUCAUGAAUGUGAAUCAAGGCACCGUCGGCAGUGACCCGGUGAUUCUCGCCACCGCUGGUUAUGACCACACCGUCAGAUUUUGGCAGGCCCACAGCGGAAUCUGCACGAGAACUGUCCAGCACCAGGACUCUCAAGUCAAUUCUCUUGAAGUAACACCUGAUAGAAGCAUGAUUGCUGCUGCUGGUUAUCAACACAUUCGCAUGUAUGACCUCAAUUCAAACAAUCCAAACCCUGUGAUCAAUUAUGAUGGAGUCAGCAAGAACAUCACGUCAGUGGGCUUUCAUGAGGAUGGUCGGUGGAUGUACACGGGGGGAGAAGACUGCAUGGCUCGCAUCUGGGACCUGAGGUCCCGGAACCUUCAGUGCCAAAGAAUAUUUCAAGUCAAUGCACCUAUUAAUUGUGUGUGUCUUCAUCCCAAUCAGGCCGAAUUAAUUGUUGGGGACCAAAGUGGUGUUAUCCAUAUCUGGGAUUUGAAAACUGACCACAAUGAACAACUCAUCCCGGAGCCAGAUGUCUCCAUUAAUUCAGUCCAUAUUGAUCCUGAUGCCAGUUAUAUGGCGGCAGUCAACAGCUCGGGCAACUGUUAUGUGUGGAAUUUGGCUGGAGGAAUGGGGGAUGAAGUGACGCAACUCAUACCUAAGACCAAGAUCCCGGCUCACAAACGCUACUCAUUACGCUGCAAAUUCAGCCCAGACUCCACAUUGCUGGCCACAUGCUCUGCUGACCAGACCUGUAAAAUUUGGAGAACCUCAAACUUCUCACUGAUGACAGAGUUGAGCAUUAAGAGUAACAACCCAGGAGAGACAUCCCGAGGCUGGAUGUGGGAUUGUGCCUUUUCUGGAGAUUCACAGUACAUAGUCACAGCCUCCUCUGAUAACCUUGCCCGACUGUGGUGUGUGGAGACCGGAGAGAUCAAGCGGGAGUACAGCGGCCAUCAGAAGGCCGUUGUGUGUUUGGCCUUCAAUGACAGUGUGCUUGGAUAGUAUGUGAAACAAUUUUACAUUAUAGCUGAUGCUAUUAAAACACAAACAACAACCCUUAAUCGUGGUAUAAUGGGAUAAUUUACUUGAAGAUUAAAUUUGCUGUUAAUUUACUCACCCACAGGCCAUCCAGGUGACAGUUCUUGUGUCUUCAGUAGAGCAUUAAAGAUAUUUUUUUAUCGUGGUGCUUGCUACAUUUAUAAAUGCAAGUCUGUGACCGACACUUUUAUAGUAAAAAAACUGGCAAAACAAACUUAUAACCAACAAUGGCUCCUGAUGAACAUUGAUUUUUCACUUCAUAAGACCUCACUGUAUUGUCAGUAGAAAUUGGUAUCUAUUUUGUGGGGGGUGAGGAGGAGGGGGUCUAUUUUUAGAUUUAAAAUGUGGGUAGCUGUUUAUAUGCAUUUUACAAAUUACCAUUUUCACUAAGAUUGACAAUUUCAGCUACAAAUUUCGGCCUAAGGUUGAGUAAAUUAGCAGCAGAUUUUCAUUUUUAGAUGAAAUCUCCCUAUAAAAAUGGAUUACAUUCAUAUGUAUUUGUUGCAAUAUUGUCAUAUUUUAAAUCCUUAUAUUAUAGUCCCUUGUAUUAGCAUACAUGUAGUGUACUUCAUUUAUACUCACCCACAAGUUAUUAACAUUAUCAACAUUACAAUAGUGAUUCUUAUUCAGACAUCAAAAAGAUUAUUUAAUUCUUGAAUUAAAAACUGAAUAUACAACAGACUGAACACAA